AUGUGGACGGCAAGAGCAGCAAAGUUUCUGUUUAAAAAAAUAUGUGGUGAAUAUUUUAUGUACGAGUUAGAGAAGGAUCAAUUUAAGAUUGCAUUUAAAAAAGGUACGAUAAAUUUAAAUAAUUUAGAAUUGAAUAUAAAGAAAAUAAAUAAAGAUUUAUAUGGCGUUUCACCAUUAAUGUUAGCUUCUGGUUAUAUUGGAAACCUUACAACAAUGAUACCUUAUACUUCUUUACUCGAUACUCCAAGUGAAUUUAACAUAUCAAAUUUAGAGUUAACAUUUGUUUCUUCAAAUGAUUAUGAAAAAUAUGUUUUAGAAGGUUUAAAACAAUUAAAAUAUUUAGACCACUCGAGUACAAAUAAAACCAAUAACGAUGAUAACAAUAAUAAUAAAAAUGAAAAUGUAAAUUAUUAUUCAGAUGAAGAUGAAGAAAUUGAUAAUAUUGAAACAAAAAAACAAUUUGGUAUCCAAGGAUUAGAAGCAUUAACAGAGAUUGUAAAGAAAUUAAUUGAUAAAGUAUCAGCAAGAAUUGAUAAUUGUACAAUCACUAUUGUAGAAUAUGAUCAAUCUAGAAACAAAUCAAUUAUAAUAGUUUUCUUGAUUGAAUCAAUAGAAUAUAGAGCAUCAUCAACAGGUGAUCCGCCGAACUAUUUUAAUAAUAACAAUAAUAAUAAUAAUAAUAACAAUAAUAAUACAUCAUCACAAGAGAAAAUAGAUUAUUUUUUAAAAAGUAUAGUUUUAAAAAAUCAUUCAAUUUUAAUUACUGAUAAAUAUACUGGUAACAUUUUAUUAGAGGAAAAGUUUUAUAAUAAUCCUAUAUUUAAUAUAAUUCCAAAAUCAAAAUUUGAUAUAAUAUUUUCAAAUAAAGUAGAUAGUAGUAAUGUAAAUAAUAAUAAUAAUAAUAAUAAUAGUAGCAACAAUGUAAAUAAUGUAAAUAAUAAUGAUAUUAUAUCUUUAAAAAUUAGAAGAGAUGAUAAACCUUCACCAACAACACAACCAAUAAAAAUAACCAAUACAAAUACAAAUACAAAUAAUAAUGAAUUACCAAUGUUUUUGGUUGAUUGUUUUUUUAAACAAUGGACUAUUGUACUUUCACCAUAUCAUUUAUCGAUUAUUGAUAGUUUUAUUUCAAAUUUUAAUAAACCAAUUCAAAAGUCGACAACUACGACAACAACAACAACAACAACAACAAAUUCAAUACCAAACAUUAAAACAAAAAGACAAUCUAUAUCAAAAAAUAGUUCAAAUCAAUUAUUUAAUUUAAAUUUAAAAUGGCAAUCAAUUAAAAUAUAUAUACAUAAGGAUAGAAAGGAGAAUUAUUAUAAUGAGUUCAUACCAAUGAUGGUUAUAGAUAAAUUAAAUCCACCACAACCUCCAAAAAGAGAUUAUUUAGCACUUAAACUAUUUGAUAUUAAUUAUAGUUUAAAACAACAAAAUCAAAUAAAGAAAAUGAAUUUAACAAUUUCAAAACUACUAAUAACAAAUUAUAAUGUUAAUAGUACUUGUGGUGAAUUAAUAAAUUUAGAAAUUAUAAAAAUGCCAAUUUCAUCAAAUUCACCAAAUUCAUCUUCAUCAUCAAUUGUAUCAAAUUUAUCUUCAAAUUCUUUAAAUAAAUUAGUUAAUUCUAAUACUAAUAAUAAUAGUAAUCAAUCUUAUUCACCACCAUUACAAAUUCAACAACAACAACAACAACAACAACAACAACAACAACAACAACAACAACAACAACAACAACAACAACAACAACAACAACAACAACAACAACAACAACAACAACAACAGAUUAAUGAAUUUAAUUGUAAUAUAAUUUUUGAAGAAUCAAAUAUGAUAUUAGAUAUUCAAAUUAAAGAUGAACUAAAUUUAAUUAUGGAUCCAUUUUUAUUAUUAUUUUUUAAUUCUUUUACUAGUGAAAUGAAAAAGGUUGAAAAAGAAAUAAAAGAAGAGAAAAGGUUACAUAAACUUUAUUUAAAUAGAAUUGAAAAACAAAAUAUAAUUAAAAAUAAUAUUCUAAAGAAACAAAAAGAUCAACAAUUAAGAUUACAGAGAAAAGAAUUACAAAAACAAAAACAAUUACAACAUCAAAGACAACAUCAAUCAAGUGAUUAUUAUUAUCCACAUGAAGUUGAUUAUUAUGAUUCUGAUGAAGAUGGUGAUGAAUAUUAUUAUCAUGAAGGUGAUUCUUUUAAAAAUAAUCAAAUUAAUAAUAAUAAUAAUAAUAUUAAUAAUGAAAAUAAUAAAGAAAAUCUUACCCAAUCAAAUAAUAAUAAUAAUAAUAAUAAUAAUAAUAAUAAUAAUAAUAAUAAUAAUAAUAAUAAUAAUAAUAAUAAUAAUAAUAAUAAUAAUAAUAAUAAUAAUAAUAAUAAUAAUAAUAAUAAUAAUAAUAAUAAUAAUAAUAAUAAUAAUAAUAAUAAUAAUGAUAAUAAUGAUGAAGAACAAGAUGAAAUUGAAUCAUCAUCAAUUCAAUUUUCAUUACAAAGUUCAGUGAUUAGGUUUAAAGUUAAAUUUCCUUCAUUUGAAUUUAUACCAAAUUCUUUGGUUAUUGAUUUAAAAGAUCAAAAGAAAUUUAAAUCAACAUUUUUUGAAAUUCAAAAGAAUUUGAAAUUAUUAACCAAUCAAUUGGAAAUUAGCUUCACUCAAUGUAAAAUAAACUCAAAUAUAAUUAAGGAUAUACCAGAUGUAAAAUGGUUUAUUGAUUUUGAAAAUUUAUCAUUACUUUUAAAGGAUAUCAAUACAAAUACAAGUGGUAAUAAUUAUAAUAAUAAUAAUAAUAAUAAUAAUAAUAAUAAUAAUAAUAAUAAUAAUAAUAAUAAUAAUAAUAGUAAUAAUAAUAAUAAUAUCAAUAGUAUUAUAAACAUUAUAACUAAAAAUGAUUCAGACUCUUUUAAUCCAGUUCCAAUUGAAAUUACUGUAAGAGGAUUAUUAAAUAAUAAAAAUACAGGUAAUGAUAGUAAUAAAGAUGUUGAUGAUCAUCAAGAUAAUGGUAUAGAAAAAGAUGUAGAACAGGGUCAAGAAGAUAAAGAAGAUAUAGAUAAUAUAGAUUAUAGUGGUGGUGGUAGUGGUGCUAAUAUUAUCACCAAUGACGAUAGUUAUGAUGAUAUAGAUGACGAUAGUGACAUAUUUGAAAUGACCAAUGACGAUAUCGAUAUGUAUGAUAUUGAAGGUGAAGAUAAUGUUAAAAUACCUCAAAAUAUUCCUCAACCACAAUUACCAUCACCUCCAACACCAACACCAAUACCACCACAACAACAACAGCAACAACCACAACCACCAUCACAACAGCAGCAACAACAACAAAAGCAACAUCAACAAGGUAAUACAAGUCCAAACUUUUCACAUUUUAAUCCAUUUUCAAAAUCAUCAGAAAAACAUAAAGGUCCAUUUUCAACAUUUGUGUCAACUAGUGAGGGUGUUUUUGAUAGUUGGCCAGACGAAGCUGAACAAGAGGAAAUAAAUAUUUUUAGACAUUCCUCAAUUGAAUCAUCAAGAUAUGCAAUUUAUUUAAUUAUACCAUUCCUUCAAUUAAAAUUAACAAAAUCACAAUAUCAAUCAUUAAUUCAAUUAUCACAAUCCUAUAGUAAAUUAAUUGAUUAUACUACAAUACCAAAAUCUUCAGUGUCAUCAUUCAUUAAUAAUAAUAAUAAUAAUAAUAAUAAUAAUAAUAAUAAUAAUAAUAGCAAUAAUUCAACAAGUUCAACACCAAUGUAUACCCCUAAUACUUCAUUACCAACUACACCAAGUUCUAAAAAUAGUAAUAGUAAUUUAUAUAAUCCAACUGAUAUGCCUCACAUAUUACCAAGAUCUAAAAAUGGUUCACCACAAGUUAAAAGUUUUAAUAAUAAUAAUAACAACAAUAAUAAUAAUGAUUAUAAUAAUUAUUCAACAGCGACACCAAGUAGUGUAGUUUCACCAAUUGAAGAGGUUAGUUUAUUUUCAUUGAUGGUUGUAAUAAAUUCUGGUUCUUUUAUAAUUCAAGAAGAUGCUCCAAAAUCUUCAUUUAGUAAUAGUAGAAAUAAUAGUAGUAAUAAUAUAAAGGGUCAACAAUACCAACCACCACCACCACCACCACCACAACAACAACCAUGGUAUCAAUAUGAAUUAAGUUUUGAAAAGUUUGAAAUUUUUAAUGUUUCUCAAUAUUAUGGAAGGGAUAUUAGUUUUGUUAGUUCAAUGGUUAGUAAAGUUAAAUUGACAGAAUUAAAUUUAACUUCAAAAGAUAAUAAACCAUUACCAAUAAUCUUUAAAACAAUUUCCCAAGAAAGAAAUUCAACCGAUCAAAUGAUAUCAGUAACAAUUUCAUUCAAUAGAGAUACCACUGGUUUUUUAGAUGAUAAUAUUCAUGGUAAUAUUUAUUCUUUUGUUUUUAAAGGUGUAACAAUUUAUCAUAAAUUAAAUACACAAUGGUAUUCAAGAAUUUCAAACUUUUUUAAUGAUUCAACUAAUAAUAAUAAUAAUAAUAAUAAUAAUAAUAAUAAUAAUAAUAAUAAUAAUAAUAAUAAUAAUACAACAUCUAAUGAAAAUCCAAAGGAUAAAGAAGAAGAAAAAGAACAAGAAGAAGAAAUUGAAGAAGAAAAAAGAAGAAAAGAAGAAGAAAUUAAAAAAGAAUUAUUAAAAAAUAGAGAAGAAGAAGAAGUAAAUAAUACACAAUCAAGAUAUUUUAUUAAUUUCGUUGAUACUUCAAUUUCAUAUACACCAUCAGAUAAUUUAUCAUCAGCAGCAGUUUUAUUCUUUUCAGAUGUUAAGUUGAAAAUACCAACAAGUGGAUUCUUUUCAUGUAUAGGUCAAAAUAGUUAUAUUUAUGUAAUGGAUGAUAUUCAAUUUUUAAAUUUAAAUAAACCAAAUUCGAAAUCUUCCUCUUCAAACUCAAUUUUAAAUUAUUGGAAAUAUUUAGGUUAUGUACCAGUUGUACAUUUAGAUUAUAUAGAAUUUGAUAUUACUAAUAGUAGUGAUAAUGAUCAUUAUCCAUCAUUAAAGAUCGAUUAUAAUCAUAAUUUAUUAUCAAUUAAUGCAUGUUCAGAUUCAUUUUAUAUUUUAAAUCAAUUAAUUAAUAAUUUCUUGGGAUUUGAUUUACCAAUUGCAGAAGUUGCUGAUUUAAUAAUUACUCAAGGUAUUGGUUCAGAAUUAAAUUUAAAAGAGAGUAUUGAUAUUUUAAUUAAUGAAGAUACAUUUAGACAAACAGCAGAACAACUUCAAAAACAACAGCAGCAGCAACAACAACAGUCAUAUUCUAGUAAUAAUAUAAAUUUAUCAUCAUCCCCAUCUGGAGGUCCCACUAUCAAUAGUAGUAAUAAUAAUAAUAAUAAUAAUUCAAAUUUAUCAUCAUCUCCAUUAGUACCAGGUGCAAUUAAUUUCGAAUUUGAAGAAGUAUUAAGAGGUGAUGGAAAUAAUGAUUUUAGUGAUGAUGAUGGUAGUUCAUCAGUUUAUGAAUAUUAUUCACCAUUGGAUAUGAUGUCUUCAAAUAGUAAAUUAUCAGAGACUGAAUCAAAUUGUUCAGAGAAUCAAAUGAUUAAUGAAAUUCAUGAUACCAUUUCAUCACAUACUGGUUCAUUUAGUAAUUUACCAAUAAUGGGUAGCAUUAUGAUUGAAGAUUAUGAUCAUGAUAAAUUAGAAACAUAUCCACCAUCAUCAACUACUCAAAUGUAUCCUCAUAGAGAUUUUUAUAAUGAUAUUGAUCCACCUUCAAUUCAAUUACAACAACAACCAACACAAUCAUCAUCAUAUCAGCCACAGCAACACCAACAACAACAACAACAACAACAACAACAACAACAACAAUUUAAUUCAGUUAAUGAUGGAUCAGUAACUUGGAUUGAUUCAACAAAUCAAAAUAAAUCAAUUGAACCUGUUGAAAAUUAUAUAUCAAAUCCAGAUGAAGACCCAUCAGAAGAUUGUCCAUUACCAUCACAUUAUCCAAAAUCUGCAAGUAAAAUGUCAUUUAGGAAGAUGAAUUUGUCUAUAAAAAUUUUCAAAGGUUUAGAUUGGGAAAGAGAAUCAACAAUCAUUGAACCAUCUUCACCUUCUUCACUCGCUGGUGGAAAAGAGAAACAACAAUCUCAACAACAACAACAACCUCAACAUAAAUCUGGUAGAGAUCAAAAUUGUUUUGUUGAAUUUAUUUUAUCAAAUGUAAAUAUUAGAAUUGAUAGAUUCGAUGAUAAUGAAUUGUAUGCUAAAAGAAUGUCAUUACAUAUUUCUGAUGUUACAAUAAUGGAUCAUAUACCAACUUCACUUUGGAAUAAAUUCUUAUGUUCCGAUACAAAUGUUACCAGAUAUCAACAGUCACCAAUGAUAAAGAUUCUAUUUGAAACUGUUAGACCAGAUUUAGCCAGACCAUUACUUCAAGAGAAUAGAUUAAAAGUUUUAAUUUUACCAAUUAGAUUUAAUAUUGAUCAAGAUACUGUCUCUUUUAUGGUUAAUUAUUUCUCAUAUAAACCACCUUCAUCACCAUCACCAAUUCAACCAUCAAUAGUUAUUGAAUCACCUAGAUCUACAAAUAAUAAUAAUAAUAAUAAUACUUCAGUAUCUCCUCAAAAUGUUUCACCAAAAAUUAAUAAUAUAACAACUACAACUACAACAACAUCGAUAACUACCAAUACUACUACAACAGUAACAUCAUCAAUUUCACCAAAUAGUUCAAUUAUUUCACCAUUAUCUACAAGUCAAACUUUUACACCAGGUGUUUCAUCUUCAUCACUUUUGAAUUCAUCAGGUGGAAAUUCAAUAUCAUCUGUAACAUCAUCAUCAUCAUCAUCAAUAAAUACAACUAGUUCAAAUGUAACACCAAUUCCAAUUAAAAAGAAUUCAUCAUCAUCAUCAUCAUCAUCACAAACUAUAAGUAGAUCAAUACCAGAGGAUAAAGCACAAACUACAGAUAAAGAAUCACAAGAGAUUACCUACUUUCAAUCGGUUGAAAUUUUACCAAUUAGAUUAAAGGUUGAUUAUAAACCUAAAAAAGUUGAUUAUCAUAGUCUCACUACUGGUAACUAUGCUGAACUUUUAAAUCUUUUACCAUUGGAGGGAGCCAUUUUUAAUCUCUCUAAAUUAAAACUUAAUGGUGUUGGUGGUUGGAGUGCCUUGUUUAAUCAAAUCGCAAAAAUUUGGGUUCCACACAUUAUUCAAACUCAACUAUUAGGUUAUGUAUCUGGUGUUAGGGGUUUAAAUUCAUUGGUUCAUAUCGGUGAAGGUUUAGCAAAUUUAAUAAUACUUCCUUAUGAACAAUAUAAAAAAGAUGGUAAUAUAUUAAAAGGUAUAAAACGUGGUACAACAACAUUUUUAAAAAAUUUAACUGUUGAAACUUUAUCAAUGGGUGCAAAAGUUGCUGUUGGUACUCAAGGUUUAUUAGAAACUGCUGAUAAUGUAUUAUCUUCACCAAAACAACAACAUAGUCAACAUCAUAGUCAACAUCAACAUUCUCAAUAUCAUCACCAAUCAUCAUCAUCAUCAUCAUCAACUCAAAAACAUCAUUCAUCAUCAUCACAUGGUAGAUUUAAAAAUCAUCAAUCAAUUCUUCAUUCAUUUAAUUCACCAACACAACAAUUGUCACCAGCUUCAAUUCAAUCAUUAAAUCAUCAUUUACAAAAUCAUCAUGGAAUUAGUAAAUUUUCAGAUCAACCAAAUGAUACAAAAGAAGGUAUUCAACAUGCAUACGAAAGUGUAUCUAGAGAAUUAAAAUCUGCCGCCCACACUAUCAUUGCUAUACCAAUGAAAGAAUAUCAUCAAAAAGGAACAAAAGGUUAUGUGAAAUCAAUAGUUCAAGCGGUUCCAAUUGCUAUUAUUCGUCCAAUGAUUGGUAUAACUGAAGGAGUUUCAAAAACCUUACUUGGUGUUAGAAAUCAAAUUGAUCCAAAUAAAAAAUUAGAAAUGGAUAAUAAAUAUAAAUAA